AUGUAUAUGGCAUACGGAUGGCCGCAGGUCAUCCCCCUGGAUUUACCGAGCUGCCCCUCCACGCCACAGAUAGUUUAUCUCAAAGUCGUUAAUGGGUUGCUCCUUGUUGUGGCCCCCACCCACCUUGAGCUGUGGUCUUCUUCUCAGCAUAGAGUGAGAUUGGGGAAGUAUAAGAGAGAUUUGAAUUCGAUCACGAGAGAAGGGGAGAAUUUGCAGGCCGUUUGGAGCCCGGACACGAAGCUCAUUGCUGUUCUUACGUCGUCCUUUUAUCUUCACGUUUUCAAGGUUCAAAUUACGGAAAAGAAAGUACAUGUUGGCGGGAAGCAACCAACUGGUUUAUUUUUUGGAAACAUAUCAUUACUUCUCAGCGAGCAAGUUCCCUUUGCAAAUAGGAAGUUGACAGUGAGCAACUUCAUUUGUGAUAACAAACACAUGCUGAUUGGACUCUCUGAUGGAUCGUUGUACAACAUAUCUUGGAAGGGUGAGUUUUGCGGUGCGUUUUUCCUUGAUGUGUCGCGACAUGAAAAAUCCGGUACCAAUAUAUUGUCCAAUCACUUGGGCAACGGUCUAAUUACAAGCGGAAUUCAAGGUGUCGAUGUGUCCAACCAUGUGAAUCACAUUGUACCUCAGAGCUCUGCAGUUGUUCAUCUUGAGUAUUCAAUGACAUUGCGGUUGCUAUUAGUGCUGUUUUCUGAUGGGAAACUAAUUCAGUGUUCUGUGAGCAAGAGAGGUUUGAAGCUCACUGAAUCUAUUUUAGUUGAAAGGAGAUUGGUUUCGGAGGAGGUUGUAUGUGCAUCAGUGUCUCCAGAGCAACAAAUUCUUGCUGUUGGAACUCUAAAAGGAAUUGUGGAGUUGUAUGACCUUGCAGAUUCUGCUUCACUUAUUCGCUCUGUCUCUUUGCAUGACUGGGGAUAUAGUGUGGAAGAUACUGGACCUGUCAGUUGUAUUGCUUGGACACCUGACAACUCGGCUUUUGCAGUUGGAUGGAAGUUAAGAGGUCUUACGGUUUGGUCCGUCUCAGGCUGUCGCUUGAUGUCUACAAUCCGUCAGAUAGGUUUGAGUUCUGUUUCUUCUCCAGUGGUUAAGCCAAACCAGGAUUUCAAGUAUGAACCUGUGAUGGGUGGAGCCUCACUGAUGCAUUGGGACGAACAUGGGUUCAGGCUUUAUGUUAUUGAACAAAGAUCACAUGAGAGAAUUAUUGCAUUCUCCUUUGGCAAAUGCUGCCUCAAUAGAGGUGUUUCGGGUACAACCUACGUGCGACAAGUUAUUUAUGGUGAAGACCGCUUGCUUAUUGUACAUGCAGAAGAUACCGAUGAACUUAAGAUAUUGCACCUCAAUCUUCCAGUAUCUUAUAUAUCACAAAACUGGCCCAUUUUACACGUUGCUGCUAGUAGGGAUGGGAUGUAUCUGGCAGUUGCAGGGCUUCAUGGCUUGAUAUUGUACGAUAUACGACUAAAGCGGUGGAGAGUCUUUGGAGAUGUUACUCAGGAACAACAAAUUCAAUGUAGAGGGUUGCUAUGGCUGGGGAAAAUCGUUGUCAUCUGCAACUAUGUGGACUCUUCUAAUGCAUAUGAAUUACUUUUCUACCCGAGAUAUCACCUCGAUCAGAGUUCACUGCUUUGCCGGAAACCAUUGCUUGCGCAGCCGAUGGUCAUGGACGUUUAUCAGGACUAUUUGCUUGUCACAUAUCGCCCCUUCGAUGUUCAUAUAUACCACGUGAAUUUAAAUGGGGAACUGUCACCUUCCAGCACUCCAGAUUUACAGCUUUCUACAGUACGAGAGCUCUCAAUCAUGACUGCAAAGAGUCAUCCAGCUGCAAUGCACUUCAUCCCCGACCAGUUCCCACGAGAGUGCUCGCUUACAGGUGAUAUUUCCUCAACAUCUGACUUACAGCCAAGAGAACCUGCAAGGUGUUUGAUUUUGCGGAUGAAUGGAGAACUUUCACUGCUUGAUUUGGAUGAUGGGCGAGAAAGAGAGCUCACACACUCUGUGGAGUUAUUCUGGGUUACUUGUGGUCAAUCAGAAGAGAAAACAAACUUGAUUGAGGAAGUAUCUUGGUUAGACUAUGGCCACCGAGGGAUGCAGGUUUGGUAUCCAUCUCCAGGUGUCGAUCCUUUUAAGCAGGAAGACUUUUUGCAGCUGGAUCCAGAACUUGAAUUUGAUCGUGAGGUGUACCCCCUUGGUCUGCUUCCAAAUGCUGGUGUAGUUGUUGGUGUUUGCCAGAGAAUGUCAUUUUCAGCAUGCACUGAGUUCCCAUGUUUUGAGCCUUCUCCUCAAGCACAAACCAUAUUACAUUGUCUACUAAGGCAUCUUCUUCAGAGGGAUAAGAGGGAAGAAGCUCUACGUCUUGCAAAUUUAUCCGCGGAGAAGCCACAUUUUUCUCGUUGCCUAGAAUGGCUUCUAUUUACAGUUUUUGAUGCUGACGUUUCAAGGCAGAAUUCUAGCAAAAACCAGACAGCAGUGUCAAAUCGUACUGCUUCUCUUCUGGAGAAGACCUGUGAUCUGAUCAGAAAUUUUCCUGAAUACUACGAUGUUGUUGUUAGUGUAGCACGGAAAACUGAUGGCCGCCAUUGGGCAGAUUUAUUUUCUGCUGCCGGGAGAUCAACGGAGUUGUUUGAAGAAUGCUUUCAACGAAGGUGGUACCGCACUGCAGCCUGCUAUAUACUUGUCAUUGCUAAGCUUGAAGGUCCUGCUGUGAGCCAAUAUUGUGCCUUGCGGUUAUUACAGGCCACGCUUGACGAGUCUUUGUAUGAACUAGCUGGGGAGCUGGUGAGGUUUCUUCUAAGAUCAGGAAGAGAAUAUGAAUCCACGAAUACGGACUCUGAGAGAGGGUCUCCAAGAUUUUUGGGAUAUUUUCUUUUCCCAACGAGUUUCAGGAAGCAACCACAUGAUUCUAGAAGCUCAUCAUUCAAAGAGCCAAGUGCGCAUGUUGCUUCUGUGAAAAGUAUUUUAGAAAACCAUGCCAGCUAUUUGAUGUCCGGAAAGGAGCUUUCAAAGCUUGUUGCAUUUGUCAAAGGCACGCAAUUCGACUUAGUGGAUUAUCUUCAACGAGAAAGAUAUGGAAGUGCCCGUUUGGAGAAUUUUGCUUCAGGACUUGAAAUGAUUGGUCAAAAGCUUAAUAUGGAAAUACUGCAAAGUCGUUUGGACGCGGAAUUCCUCUUGGCUCACAUGUGUUCGGUCAAGUUCAAAGAAUGGAUAGUGGUAUUGGCCACGUUAUUAAGGCGUUCUGAGGUUCUUUUCGAUCUUUUUAGACAUGAUUUGCGGUUGUGGAAAGCAUACAGCAUAACUAUACAGGCACAUGGAGCUUUUGCUUACUAUCAUGAUUUGCUCGAGGAGUUGGAGAGUAAGCUUGCAUCAACAGUUGAUUCAGAAGAGGACAUUUAA